CCCAUGACCUCAUAUACAUAUUCUUUUACAAAUGUAUAUACCCUGGUGCAUCUCUGGGGAAUGACUUCAUGUAGUGCGGUGUGAUGGGACUCCGUUCCCCAAAGUGUUUACCGCAAUGUCGAGUGAACCGUAAUCAAAAGUGAACAUCAUCGGUUACUCAUGUAACCUCGGUUGCCUGAGAUGAAGGUAAUGAGACAUUGUGAAAGCUGGCCACACUACUACUUCAGAGUUUCGAGGUAUGAGCGAUGCGUUCUUGUCCUUCAGUCAGAACAUUCUGAGGAAAUGGUGAAUGAGUGCACACUUAUAUAGGCCAACUGCGCGCCUAAAGGGGCGGGGCUCAAACACCAUUGCCAAUCAUAGGAUUGGCGUUAUUAUACAAGGGUUGUAGUUAGGUCGUCGGAGAAGGAAUUCCCCAAAGUGUUUACCGCAAUGUCUCAUUCCUUUCAUCUCAGGGAACUGAGCUUACAUGUGUAAACGGAGUUGUGUUUCAAGGUGUUUUUCAAGACAUUUACUUACACCUAAUUGUGUUGAUGCAGCAUCACGCAAGAGCGAAAGUUCUGUUAACGUUGCCAUUCUGGAAAUACUCUAUUUGCAAUUAGCCAUGAUUAUUUUAUUCUGUGAGUGAAAACAUCAGAUCACAGGGAAUUAUCAAUUGUUCUUCAGGUAAUAUGAUCUCAACAUGGAAGCGCAUAUGAAUCUGUACCCAGCACCAUAUAGAGUAAAGCAGCUUUUUCUCUAAGGCUGAUAUAACUAGUGUUAUCUCAUGUGAGUGUACAGUACAUCACUUUAAACAGAGAAACUAUAUAAUUUCUUUUUGUUUCAAAGUUUAACAAAAAUAUAUCUGAGUUUACCUUGAAUAAUUCAACAAACCAGUAUAUGUAAAAGACAGAACUUUUAUACUUUAGGAAAUCAUGUCUAUUGGCACUGCACUGAAGAUACCAAUACAACUUGUGUUCCAUGUCCUGCAUCAACGUACACUGAUGAACCCAGUGGAUUAAUGAAAUGCUUUCUCUGCACAAUGUGUGAUGCAAACCAAGGACUAAGAUUAAAGAAAGCCUGCACAUGUUCUGCAGAUACAUUUUGUGAUCCACUGGAUGGAUUCUAUUGCACUAACAGAAAAAAAGGCAGCUGCACUUUUGCUGUGAAACACUCUAAAUGUAACCCUGGACAAUAUAUCAAACAUGCAGGAACAGGGUACACUGACACUGUAUGUGCUGACUGCAUAGUUGGCACUUACUCAAACGGUUCUUUGACAACCUGUCAACCACAUUCAAAAUGUGAGACAGAGGGCCUUAAGGAAAUAAAACCAGGAACAAUGUCAGCUGAUGCUGAAUGUGGGAAAUCAACUCCAGUUUAUCUCAUAGUUGGAAUAGUUGGUCCCUUAGUGGCUGCCAUUGGGAUACCAUUAGCAUAUAGGAAAUUCAAAACACCCCAACCGAGGGUUUCAUCUAAGAAACUGAAAGGUGACAAGGACCUAGAGAUUUCCAACGCAGCUCUCCUGGAAGCCUUAGCUGCCAGGUUUGAUGUACAAGAUGGGAAACUGAGUAACACUGAAAGCAAAAUUAAUGAGAACGGUUUGCUGAUCGUGAACCUGUUGAAGGCAGUGGAAUUCAGCGCAGCGGAAAAUCUGGUGACCCGAACAUCGGAGCUGGAACGCUAUAAGAGAAGAUGGAACCUCUGA